UGUUAUGUACGAUUCGAACCUACCACCCCUUUAGGAGCGACUGUCGCUCCUAAAGGGGUAGUAGGUUCGAAUCUAACUAUUUGCCCCUAUAAUGUUUCUGUUUCCCCGUGACGAUUCAUAUUCCCUUUAAAAGUUCGAUCGAUCGAGGCAUUUCAUUUGCUCACUUUUACACUUCAUAAUCUACACAUUCCUCAUUUGAAUUUGCUCACUUUUACACUUCAUAAUGGUUCUGUUUUCAUUUAUUCAAACUCAUUCGGUCGUUUUUGGAUAUAAAGUAUAGUAAGUAUAGAUAUUACUGAUAAGUGUUUUUAUUAUUUUAGAUGGAUUGCUUGGAGGAAAUUUUCUUAAAUCCAAAUGCGCCGGAAGGUGUAAAUGACGAGUUUGUGUACGAAGAGCCCGAUGACGAAUUUGAAUCCCCAGAUGUCCGUGCUGAAUUUGAUUACGAUCACGAUGUUUUUUAUACCAAGGAGGUGUUUGACACACACAUAGAUUUGGUAGACUGGGCUCAAAAAACGGCAAAGGAGCUUGGUUAUGUGUUAGUAACACGAAGAUCAAAUGCCACAAAAGGCGGAGAAGUUAAAAAGGUGGUCCUUAUUUGCAACCGUGGUGAAAAAAAAGAUAAGCGGUCAACCGGGGCACCCAAAGGGAGUGCCAAAAUUGACUGUCCAUUCAAAUUGGUAGGCCGUCUGACAAAGGACCAUAGUUGGUGGGUUGAAGUUAUAGAUCACCGACAUAACCAUCCAUCAGCUCGAAAUUUGGAAGGUAUUGCGUACGCAAGACGACUAACCGAUGUUCAAAAAGAAUUUGUGGACGAAAAGGCGUUGCUAGGUUUUGGGCCAAAUAGCAUAAGGGACCAAUUGAAGGAUGCAUUUCCCGGCAUCUUGACCCGUUCACAAGACAUUUCUAACUACCUGCGGCAACACCGGCUAAAGCACGCCCAACAACGAGGGGAAACUCGAAUGCAGAUCGUGCUCCAAUUACUAUCUGACCAUCAGUACACGUAUCAGUACACGACGGAUAGCAAAACCGGAUGUUUGACCAAUCUCUUUUUCGUACAUCCUACAUCACUUGACAUAUGGCGUGCAUUUCCUUGGAUCAUUGAAAUAGACGCCACGUAUAAAACCAACGUUUACAACAUGCCGCUUGUUGAGAUUGUGGGUGUCACUCCAACUGGCAAGACAUUCAGCAUUGCGCACGCACUUAUUGAAAAUGAGCAACAUGCGGCAUACACAUGGGUGUUACAGUGCUUGAGGUCGACGCUCGAAGAAGGUUUCGUCGUGCGUGUGGCACUCACUGAUCGGGAUCUGGCCCUCAUGAAAGCGGUUAAGGAUGUGAUGCCGGAAACGAAGCUGAUACUGUGUAGAAUACACAUUUGGAGGAAUAUUGAGUUACAUGCCAACCCAUCGUUUGGGUCAAAAAAAGAUUAUGGUUCGUUUAGACACCGGUGGGAUAAACUCGUAAAGUCAAUCACGGUUAAAGAAUACGCAGAGAAUGAGCAGCGGCUAAAAGUAUUCUUGGCAGAUAAACCAAAUCUUUAUAAGUAUCUACAAAUACAGUGGCUUGCCUCGUACAAGGAGUUAUUUGUGUCAUGUUGGGUCGACCAACACCGCAACUAUCGUAACUACACUACCAACAGGGUUGAGAGCGAGCAUUCUUUGCUGAAGUCAGUUAUGCAUCAAAAGCGGCUUACGUUCCACAGAAUCGUUGAAUGUGUUAACUCUGUUGUCAGCGGGCAAUACACCGAAAUAAAGGGGUCACUGGAACAUUGCAGGCAGUACAAUCAAAAUAAACACAACUAUCCCUGUUUAAAGGAUUUGCUCGGUAAAGCCUCCCAUGUAGCCUUGCAAAUUAUGGUUGACGAAAUUGAUCGAUUGAAAAAUACACUAAAAGGGGACGUGUCAAAGUGCGGGUGUACAGUAUGGGCUAGCUGUGGCUUGCCAUGUAGUUGUCGACUUCUAACAUACAUGCAGGAACGAAGGCGUGUUCAAGAAUAUGAGAUAGAUGCAUUUUGGUGCAGGCUCGAUAUAAACCCGUCCACCUGCCUGCCUGGAAAUGUGAAGAAAGACUCGGAUGAUGACGAGCCUGUUGAGGACUUUUGUGGCGAGGUUACUACUGCCUUGGAACGACAACCCAUAAAACAAAGGAAAAGCUUGAUGUCAAAAAUAAAGGACCUCAUCUAUCCAGGUCGGUCCAAAAUCAAGGAUCCGGAGGUCCAAAAGAAAACACGUGGUAGACCUGUUGGGUCAAAGAAAAAGAUGCCAGAUUUGAACGUAUCACCUCCGAUGCCACCACCACCAAAGAUGAAAAAGUCAAGGUCCGUGCACGUGACAACACCUAAGUAUCCGGAUACCGCACCAGACUCAGGCUCAUGCUACAGAGACUUUCAGUCGGCGAGACACAGUGACCAUGUGCCCACGCAGUCACGUUUCGCGGAGCCUGACACCGAAUUACGGGAAGACACCCGUGGAUAUAUUGAUGAGUUGAUCCGAUCGUCACAAUUUUCAGCAGCAGGGCCGAGUAAUGAGCCUACAACCGAACCCUCAUUCUUAGAUCAGUUGUUCGGCGCAGCCGAACCCGCGUACUAUCCUGUGCCACCAACAACACCAACAGGCGUAGUGGAUCAGUUCUUCAGUGCCGAUACUUAUUUUUCUGCAGGUCCUAGCACUCCGAUGCCAGCUGCACCAUCAUCGUACUUUGAUUUUUUCACUACGCCCACACAACCUUCGAUGCCACCAGCACCAUCACCUCCGAUGCCACCAGCACCAUCACCAAUAUCUCCCAUAUCAGUUGAGCAGCAAUUGGCUGCUCUACCAGUACCACCACCUAACACUCUCCCACUGCAGCACGGCAGGCUGCAUCAGCACGGAAAGCCUGUUUUGCUACCUUCCGGGUGGGGUCGUCCUCAUCAAGCUCUAAGUACUGGUCCAUCGCAAACCAGCGCUACAUUGUUUACAAAUACAAGUUAG